CAAACGAUCAGACUUACAUAAAAGGAGCUUGUCUCAUUCCAUCUGCGUCCACAUAGCUCUUUACAGUUUACAGUACAUCUUCUUCAUCUGAUCAAGGGUGCAGCCUCAUAUCUCUCUACAGGAUGUCCAGCAAAAAGCCUCAAACAAUUGCUGCUGCUCAGAAAACAUACUUCACAAAAGUGCAUGGGCUGCCAGACAUCACACCCUUGGUAAGUUCAGUACAGGAGACACCUGAGCCCAUCCCAACCGCAGUUAAAGGCACUAUCCCAACCUGGAUCCAUGGGAGUCUGCUGCGGAAUGGUCCAGGAAAGUUUGAGUUUGGGAAUCAACACUAUAACCACUGGUUUGACGGCAUGGCCUUGAUGCAUCGCUUUCAGAUUGAGGACGGUCAGGUGACAUACAGAAGCCGUUUUUUGUCUAGCGACUCGUUUACGCAGAACAGCGAGAGGAACCGCAUAAUAGUUUCAGAGUUUGGCACUUUGGCUUUACCUGAUCCCUGCAAGAACUUUUUUCAGCGCUUCCUGUCCAGAUUUGAGAUGCCAAAACCAACAGAUAAUGCCAGUGUCAACUUUGUUAAAUACAAGGGUGACUAUUACGUCAGCACAGAAACAAACUACAUGCACAGAGUGGAUCCAGACACUUUGGAGUCCAAACAGAAGGUGGACUGGAGCAAGUUCAUUGCUGUGAACGGUGCUACUGCUCAUCCACACUUUGAUCCAGAUGGCACAGCUUACAACAUGGGCAACUCAUACAGAAACAAAGGGGCUUUCUAUAACAUCAUCAGGGUGCCACCAGAAAGAGACGGCCCAGAAGAUACUCUAGAGGGAGCCAAAAUAUUAUGCUCUAUUGCCCCUCGUGACAAAUCCAAACCCUCCUAUUACCACAGCUUUGGCAUGUCAGAGAACUAUGUAGUGUUCAUCGAGCAGCCCAUUAAGAUGGAUCUGUUUAAGAUAGUGACUGGCAGACUAAGGGGGAAAUCACUAAAUGAGGGGGUUUACUGGGACCCCAACCAGGAAACCAUAUUCCACCUUAUUGACAAACGAACUGGAAAGGAGAUGCCAGUGAAGUACUACACCAAGGCCUUGUCCACCUUUCAUCAGAUCAAUGCUUUUGAGCAGGAUGGAUUGCUCAUGCUAGACAUGUGCUGCUCUGACGAUGGCCAGUCCAUAAACAACUUCCUCAUCCAGAACCUGCGUCAAUCAGGAGAAACAUUGGAUGAGAUGUAUAACACCAUGAGCAGGCCAUUUCCCCGUCGUUUUGUGCUGCCUCUAAACAUCACCAGUGAAACCCCACUGGGACAGAAUCUCAACACACGGCCUGACAGCACCGCUACUGCUGUCUGCCGCAACAAAAAUCAGGUGUUUUGCACAUUUGAAGAUCUCCAUGGCGAAGACCUGAAAGACUACGGUGGUUUGGAGUUUCCACAUAUUAACUACGCCAGAUAUAACACCAGACCUUAUAGAUACUACUAUGGCUGUGGCUUCCGUCACCUAGUGGGUGACUCUCUAAUUAAGAUGGAUCUGGAGAGCAAAAAGUUCAAGGUAUGGCGCCAGCCUGAUCUCUACCCAUCAGAGCCUGUCUUCAUUCUUUCACCCAAUGCUGCAGAAGAGGAUGAUGGAGUCAUCCUGUCUGUGAUCAUCACACCAGUUAAGGACAAGAGUACUUUUCUUUUAGUCCUAGAUGCCAAAACAUUUGAAGAGCUGGGAAGAGCCGAAGUGCCUGUCAACAUUCCUUAUGGAUUCCACGGAGUCUUCAACAGUGCAUGAAGCUUUUCAGAUCCCUCCAAAAUAUGACAAGUUACCACACCAGUCACCUGCUACUAUUACAAGCAAGAGACCAACAUAACAAUAUUUCUAUGAAAUCAGUCCAAAGAGAUCCUCCACAUAUCAGCCUCAUAUUUAAAAAAAAAAAGAAAAAUAAAUACUUUAUAUUUACAGUUAAUUACUAAUUAAUUAGACAUUAGAGUUAUAUUUCUAGUUCUUUAUUUAGAAUUAAUUAACAGCUUAACAAUUUUUCGACAUUUUUAAAUGAAAUGUUUAAUGUACUCAAACUCUCAACACAUUUACACAUUACUUAUGUUUAUUUGGUGUUUAGUAACUCGGCCCACCCAGUCAAAUUGAUAUAAUGAGGAGGAAGUAGAAUGGAUACUAUGAUUUUCACAGCAGCAGAAAAUUCUAUUGUUUGUAUUUAACAAUAAGAAUAGUAAGAUUGUGAGAUCUGCAAACAUUGUGUUGUUUCUGGCUCCCACAUGUCAUGUAAUGUAGGCUUUGCAAAGAGGCUUUCAUUUAUGGGAAGAAAAACAGCUUGAAUUCUGUGGGUCAGAAAGAGGAUGGAAAUCAUAAUGUAACACUAAAUUAUGGGUUUUGGUGCUAAACAUUGCGGUGAACCACAGGCGGAAAACACUUUUAUGAUAAAAAAAAUAUAUAUAUAAUCUCUUUAAAAUAGUGUUGAAAGCACACCUCAUUUUGAUGCAUAAAAUAUUUCUCUAUAAAUAUUCUGUCUUUAAUAUUUUCUUUUCUUCUGUUUUAUAUAUUUUCAAUUGUGGACUGUGAACUUAUGCUGUACCACAAUAUGAAACAUUUGUGAUUCAUUUUAUUUGCUCAGCACUGUAUCAGUUAUACAUUGAAUUCUUUCACACAAAGUUUGUUUCUUUUACUCUAAAACAAAUGUGAACAUACCACUAGAUGUGAAUGUGAACAUGGUUAAUAUGAUUAAUAUUUAACAUUAGGGUUUUCAGAUCUACUUCCUUAAAUGAGAAAACAAGUUCAUUGCAUUGAACGUUUAAACAAAUAAAGGUAAAACCCAAAAGUGAAUAAUAACAAUAACAAAUACGGAUAGAAGAUUAUUUUGGUUAAAUGACCAAAAAUUAUCUCCCUACAGCAUAUGUGUCAUAUCAUAUUCAUUUUUCUACCUCAGUGAAAUAAUAACCUGUUGAGAGCUGCUUCUCUUUUGCAUUAUGCCUUGUACUUUUCAACUUUAUAUAACAGUUCUACUUUUGUUUCAUUAUACAUUGUUUUUAUUGUAACUUGAUGAUCACAAUGACUGUGAUAAAUAUUUGUACACACGA